UCCAGUUUCAAAUGGAUUUGCAUUUCGCACAGUAAAAUCAGUAAUCGGAAAUGGCUUCUUUGCGGAGCCCGUCUUCGCCCUCUGACGGUUACAAAAGGUUUAGUGAUGACUUCGCGAACAGCAGCAUCAACAAUUACGGCUCCAAUGUCACAAACAGCCGGGCGGCGGACGCGGCCGGCGACGCCACGCUUGAGCUGGGCAGCCGCUCGGCGCUGGGUGGCGGCCUGCCCGCGUCGGAGGACGAGCACUGGGAGAUGAACUACCACGAGGCCGCCAUCUACCUGGAGGAAGGUCAAAACAAUGAGAAGUUCGACUCGCACCCGUCCAGCCCGGAGGAGCUGCCGGCGUACCUGCGCGUUCACAACCCCUGGUACCACGGCCUCGACCUGCUGGCCUCGCUCGUGCUCAUCCUGCUGGCCUUCAGCGAGGACCCCGCCGUGCCCGCUUUCAAACUGCCGGUGUGGGCGCACGGCACGGUGGAGCUGCUGGCGCUGGCCGUGAUCGGCAUCGAGCUGCAGCUCAAGCUGAAGUGGAUCGGCUGGGGCACCAUCCUUAAGCACAAGCGGACAAUGAUUAAGGGGAUAACCCUCCUGCUCAUGGUUCUAGAAGCGGUGGUGGUGCUGUGCCGCCAGUCGGCGCACUUCCGCGCGUCGCGCGCGCUGCGGCCCAUCUUCCUGGUGGACACGCGCCACUGCGGCGGCGUGCGGCGCUUCAUCCGCCAGAUCCUGCAGUCGCUGCCGCCCAUCAUCGACAUGCUCGGUCUUUUGAUGUUCUUCGUAGCGACGUACUCGCUGCUGGGCUACUACUUGUUCUCGGAGCACGUGGACAACGGCCACUUUCAGACCAUCAGCGACUCGUUCGUCAGUAUGUUCGUGCUGCUUACGACGGCUAAUUUCCCGGACGUGAUGAUGCCGUCGUACGCAAAGUCGAAGUGGUAUGCGGUUUUCUUUAUCCUCUACAUCAUCACCGUGCUCUACGUGCUCAUGAACCUGAUGCUGGCCGUCGUGUACGAGGCCUUCACGCGCAUCGAGCGGGACAAGUGCCGCGCGCUGCUGCUGCACCGGCGCGGCGCCGCGCGGCGCGCCUUCCGCCUGCUCGUGUCGCGCCGCGCGCCGCGCGCCGUGCGCCUGCGCCACUUCGCCGGCCUGCUGCGCCACUACGCGCCGCACUACGGUCCGCUGGACGUGUUCCUGAUGUUCAAGCAGCUGAACCGCAGUGGCACGGGCGCGCUGUCGCGCGGCGAGUUCGCGGCGCUGUACGACGCGCUGUCGCUGCGCUGGGCGCCGCAGGCCGCGCGCGCGCCGUGGCUGGGCGCCGGGCCGCUCGAGCCGCUGGGCCGCUGGGCGUCCGCCGCCGUGGCCUGGCCCUACUUCGAGCACCUCGUGUACGCGCUGGUGCUGGGCAACGGCGUGGCCAUGCUGCUGCGCGUGUGCGAGGCGGCGGGCGGCCUGCGCGACAGCGCGCGCCUGCUGUGCGCGUCGUGGGACACGUGGCUGUUCCUGUCGCUGUUCCUGCUGGAGGCGGGCGUGCGCGUGCUGGCGGCGGGCCCGGCGCGCUACCUGGCCAGCGGCUGGAACGUGUUCGACCUGGGCGCCACGCUGCUGGCGCUGCUGGGCGCCGCGCUGCUGAGCGCGGCGCCGGACCUGUUCGUCGUGGUGGUGUUCCGCCCGCUCAGGCUCAUGCGGCUGUACAAGCUGAAGAAGCGCUACCGCGACGUGUUCGGCACGCUGGUGCUGCUGACGCCGCUCAUGUCGUCGGCGGGCUGCGUGAUGCUGGUCAUGUACUACUUCUUCGCCAUCGUGGGCAUGGAGCUGUUCGCGGGCGCCGAGCUCCGGAACUGCUGCGUGAACACGACGGUGGAGGACUUUUACAAGUUCUCGUCCAACAGCUCGACGGCGCUGGGCUACUACUACCUCAACAACUUCGAGAACCUGCUCACAAGCGGCGUGACUCUGUUCGAGCUGACGGUCGUCAACAACUGGUUCAUCCUCAUGAACGCGUACGCCAUUGUCGUGGGCCCGUUUAGCAGGAUCUACUUCAUGGUGUUCUACCUGUUCACGAUGGUGGUGCUGACCAUCGUGGUGGCGAGCGUGCUGGAGGCCUUCCGCUUCCGCAUCCAGUACAAGCGCAGCACCAGCAAGCGGGACGAGGAGAAGCUGCUGCACGAGGAGGUGCACACGAGCUGGGAGGAGGCGCAGCGGCUGGGCGCGGCCGGCGCGCUGGCCGACGCGCUGCGCGCGCACCUGCCGCCCGGGAUGCAGGUGACGUUCGUGGGCACGCGGCCGCGCACCAAGGAGGUGCUGCAGCGCCGCAUGUACCAGAGCGACAUCCUCAAGUGGCUGGCCGAGGACGACGACAGCGAGGACACGCCAUCCGCGCUGGCGGCCGACGAGCCUCCCGCGCCCGACGCUCCCGCCGGCCAGCAGUUGUAGGCCGCCGGGCUGGCGCCGCCGGGCUGCGUCGACGUGCAUCGGCCGACCGUCCGGUUCUGUCCAAAACUGAAAAUAGACUAGCCUACUUCAAAACGAGUUAUGAAAAGCAACUAAGAGUAGCCAGUGCGUUUGCACGUAGGAAGUGCCUCGCUGCGCACGGACGAGUCCUCGAGCGAUGGGUGGGGGGCCGCUGCGGGAGACUACGAGUCUCAGUACUGCAGUAGUCCCACGACGCGGCCGAAGCACGCGUUGCGCAUUAGCUACGUCAGAACUAGCAACGUCAUUAGCUCCAGUAAUAAAAUGUAGUGCGGCCGCUACAAAUAAAAACAAUGUCACAUAUUCGUAACACCGAGGCGGGUACGGUGUGCGAGCUUGGUUGUAUCCGUUAGUGCUCUGGCGGGCCAGCAUGACGCGAAAUGUGUGUGUGUUCAAUAUUCCCGCAACGUCUGUCGCUCGAAAGUGCAGAGUAGGUACCGUUACUAUAAUAUCUGCAUAGUCGCAAAUUCCGUUUUUUUAUUUACAAAUAUUCUGCCAAUGCCCUAGCUGUAGUAUUGUGGCCAAAUUUGAGCUUCAAAGGAAUUAAGUAAGUAGGUAGCGUUUACUCUGACGCUAUAGCGUGUCGAAACUGAAAAGCGCCUUCUCAAAAGCAAAUCUUGUACUAAGGGUACCUACAUUUGACGAACGCGUUACAACCAGGUAUUGCAGCGCGUUCAAUCAAAUGUAUGCACACAGAUUCAAGAAACUCAAAAUGAAAAGAAACUCAAAAAUUUGUGACGAAUUUUUAUAGAAGAAUUAGAAACAAUAAGUAUUGUAGAGAUUUUAAUAGAUAAGAACAUAUAGAUAAGUAUUUUGAUUACGUUAAGUUUGAUAUUCAUAGGGAGAAUGCGAAUAUAUAAUUUUGCUUAUUUCUACUGUGAGGGUAUUAUGAUUAACUGUGAUACGGUACCGAUGCGGCUGAGUAUUUAUUCGUGUGGGCAGCUAAGCUUUAUUUAUGUUUGACCUUUGCCUUGUAUUUUAGGAGAAUCCUAUUUAGAGAAAUGGCAUCAGUAAGAUUCACUUUGCUCCAGACGCGUCGGAGGGCGGCAGUCGCAGUUAAAACUCGUUGCCGGCAUUCGCUGGUGCAGUAGCCCCAGUUUAAGAUUUGCUCGCUCCCAUAGAGGAGUCGCUUGGCAUAUCAAACUGUAUCUUAAAUGUGAAAUGGACCUAAUAUCUCUAAUUUAAGAUUCGCAAAUUCUGUAUUUCUGUUGUUGUUUUACAAACGCUCUGUCAGCAGCACGAGCUAAUAAUUAUAGGCUUUGAGCUUUAAGGAAACAGCUAUUUCCAUUUUAUUUCGUCGUUCAAGUAAGAGCAAAUCUUGUAGUAAGGCUACAGUGAUUGCCUCGAGUCGGCCCGCUCGGCCGAACGGUUGGCCAAGCAGGCAAUUGUCCACAAAUGGGACAUUAAUUCUAAAAUGUUUACGGUUAUUAAUACUUAGUCCCAGUUCGCAGAUGCCUGUGAGUACCGGCUCGUUAUGUAAGCAUUUAUUAGCAAAGUGCUGGGUCGCAUUUAGUCGCUUGCAGCUAAUGAACAAUCGGAUCGUAGAAUUAUUGACACCAACAAACUAUCGCACGAAAGUUGACAGUAAAAGUCUGGCGCGUUACCUUCAUUGUUGUAGAUACCAAGAUUAAUACGAUAAAAAGUUUGUAGUUCGACAGGCGAGCUACG